CUUAUUUCCAACCUCACUCGUCUCGACCAUAACACAAGUGAUACGGUGAACCUAUAAAACGAAGAAAACUCCUGCGAAGAAAUCCGAACAGACAGUCAAUCCCCAUGGCCCCUUCCCGUUCCCCUCCCCUUCCACCCGACACUCCCAACUUUUCAACCCAUGAUCCCCUUUCACCUUUCCCUCCAGACGAACCAGGUGGUAUAACAUUAUCUUCGAUAGAAGUAAACCUUCUGAUAUAUUCAUAUUUAAUAGAAUCGAAUUUCCACCAUACGGCUUUUUCUUUGUUACAUGAAUCUGGAUUACCUCAUACUUCUUUAUGGCAACAUUAUAAUCCUUCUUCUUCCACUUUCCCAUAUCCUUCUCAUCCACCUCUUUCUUCACAUUCCAAUCAUCCUUCCUCCAUUCACAAUCAUCCUUCUUCCACUCACAAUCCUCACACCCAAACGAAUAAUCCUCACACUCAUCACACUCAAGCCAAUACAGCAGGAACCAACAUACAAAUGGAGAAAAAUAGUAAAUCUCAUCGACCACAGAGUACGAAAUCACCAUUGAGUGCGACGUUCGGUACUGAGAAAAAUAAAAUAUCAAGAGGUGAAUUAAUAAGAUGGUUAUGGAAAGGUAUAAGAUUAGAAUAUAUCACAAGACAUUUGAUAAACGAUUCCUCUAAAUAUGGUCCUUGUCCGUCUCCUUUUCAUCUUUUAAUACCACAUCAUUGUCCUAUUGAUUAUCCUUCUUCUAGAUUAAAUCCACUCGAACCGAAUUCACCGAAUCAAAAGAUUAAUAAAUUACCACCGAAACAAGUCAAAUCAUUUGAUAUCGAAGUUGAUCAUAUCGAAAACCAAGGUCAAGAUCGAGAACAAGAACAAGAACAUGGACCUGAAACAGAACAGGGGAAAGAAAAAGUUGAAACAUACGCAAGGGAAACCACUCAAAGUCGAGGUGGUCAAGAAAAAGGGAAAAGAAAAGCUACCAGAGCGUCAACGGAAAGAAAUAGAAGUAUCUCUCCUGUAAAAGGUAGAGAAAAGAAAAAAGCAAGGAUAUCAACUGGUAGUUUAACAGAAGAUAAAACACCGGAAGAUUUGGCUAUAUUCACUCAACAUAGGGAUCAAGUUUCUUGUUUGGCUUGGAAUCCUACUAUAAUGGAUGAUGUAGCAACGGGGAGUAGUGAUGGUACAGCUAGGAUAUGGCAUUUGACUUCGAAUGAAGGUGAUUUGAAUAAGGGUGAUAGGGUUUUGGUCGUUGCUCAUAAAAGUGUGGAAAGUUCUAAAAGGGCGGUGACGGCUGUGGCUUGGCAUCCUUCUGGGAGUUUAUGGGCUACAGGCUGCGACGAUUCAGUGGUUCGUAUUUACACCCCAUCGGGACAAAUCACUGCUAUAUUGAAUUACGGAAGAGGUAAAGUGAACGCUUUGAGGUUCUCACCGGGAGGAAGUAUGAUUUUGGCCGCUAAGGAUGAUUAUACGAUAGCUUGUUUUGAUGUGGCUGGAGGAUUGAAAUGUUCUUUCGAAGCACAUUCAAAGGAAGUGAACGAUAUCGACUGGUUAGACGAUUCAGUGUUCGCUUCUGGUGCAAACGAUCAUACCGCUUUCGUCUUCCGAGUAGGGGAUAGAAGACCAAAGUUCACUUUUAAAGGUCAUACGGACGAUGUGACUAGGGUGAGAUGGGCGCCUGGUGAUGUGGCCUCCCGCCUCCUAGCCACAUGCUCUGACGACGGAAGUAUCAUGAUCUGGCGUCUUCCAUAUUACCCCGAACCAGGUGCCAAAUCCGACAGUCGAUCUCUCAGUCCUCAAAAGGCGAGAGAAGGGGAAGAUGAUUAUUUCGCCCAAGGGGACGCUUGUGUAGGUAGGAUCAUGGUGAUUGAUGAAAGUGAGAAUAAGAGGAUGAAUACUCUGGAAUGGGGGAAGAUAGGGGAUAGGGUCGUUGUUGCUGCUGGCGGUCAAGAUUCACUAGUACGGGUGUUUGACCCAUUGACGUCGGAAUGUAUUUAUACACUUCCGGGAUUAGAAUCUGGAACUGGAUCAAUAGCUUUUGCACCUAGUGGAUUUGGGUCGUUUUUGGCUGGAGGAGGAUGGGAUGGCGAGUUGAUGAUUUGGGAUCUUGAGACUGGAAAAGUGAUCAAAGAACACGAAGUGGAAGAAGAUUGGGGAGAUCAAAACCGUCGAACUAAACCUUUAAUCAUGACGAUGAGUUGGAGAGACGACGGUCGACAAUUAGCAGUCGGAACACAUAACAAGAAACUUAUCACUGCGUACGUGGGAGAUUUGUCUACUUCUCAGGAAGCUAUGCAGAAAGAGGGUUCGACCAAAGGGGAAGAUGUACUCAUGGAGUAA